GGGUUGUUGAUUUUGUUUCGGCAACAUUCAAAGCUCACAAAUCUCAAUCCGAGCAAUCAAAAAGCACCUUCUAAAAAACCUCUUGCAAAGCUUGCCACAAACAAACAUGAAGUUCAUUGCAUCCCUCUUGCUGCUCCUCAUUCCAGCCUUGGCCAUGGCUGCUGAAGACUCUGGACGUGACCUCCAGAUUACUGAUUGGCAUGUCACCAUCAAAACCCUUCAAGACCAGGGAUUCACCUUUGAGACUGGAACAGGUAAUGGUGCUGCCAGUGCCAAUAUCAAGAUUAAGGUCACUGACUUGUGCCGCAAGGAUACAGCCAACCGCCAGGCUGUGGGCCACUGGUUUCCCACAACCAAUGUAACUGGAAUUGAAGUUGAUCAUGGUGGUAUUAUCAACAACCCCGGUGCAGGCAAUGCCGUUGACUUUCGAUUCAUUGAAGGAAUUGCAGGAAACAAUCUGAUCUACAGAGAUGCUGGUGAUGCUGUCAAUGCCAUUGUGGAGUUCUGUGUUGAGGUUGGACUGUAUGAUGCGGAUACUCUCAUUGACUAUGCAGAAGUCCUUCUUACCUACAAUGUCAAUCUGGUUACCCAAGUUCCUGAGUUGACUGGCUACACUGUCACUCAAGCCGAGGACUUUACCGAUGCCGAGGACACCAAUCUCAGCUUUGAUGGAACUCUCUUGGCAUACUUCUGCGACCCUGACAGCUACACCAUUCUUACCAAUGAUGGUUCAGAUGCUGUCACCACUCAAGGAAGCACCCUCAACGUUUGCUUCAGGGUUGAAACAGGACAGUUCCAAGUCAAGGAUAUCAUGGAGUUCACUGUCAAGAAUGCUGAAGCUGCAGAGCCCUCUCAGCUCAUUAUCACCGAAUCUCAACCUGCCUCUACCAUCUUCUCCACCAAGAAGUGUGUUGAUGAAGGAAAUGAUAACAAUGUCUGUUUGGUUUCCUUCUUGUUGUUUGCUGACUUUUAUGAUUUUGAAGCCUUGACAUUGACUGGAGUUGGAAGCAUUCUCUUGGAACUUGGAGGAACUGCUGCUGCCCCUCCUGGUCGUCGUCUGCGCAAGAAUAUUCAGAUUGUGGAUGGCCACCGCAAGCUUCAGAGCGAGGUGACGGAAACAGUGGAUGUCCAGCCCCAGCCAUUUGCCGUUGAGAAAAACAAUGGUGCAGGAUCCUCUGCUGACACUGCCAUGGCCUCUCUUGCUGCCUUUGGAGCCAUUGCCGGAGCUGCCUUGGCUCUCUAAGUUUGUUCCGUCCUCUGCUAGUACGGUAGGCUAGAAGACAAGAAAUACAUGGCGAACUGGUCCGGAACGCAAGUGCCAAGGACAAGCGAAACAAGGCAAAAAUGGAGGUCAGUUUCAAUGCAUACAUAAUCAAAUCAUAGAGAAUAGAAGUUUUC